CGGAAGUACUGUGUAGUGCUGAGAUUGUUGAAUCGGGCGUGCUGUCUCUCAUUACGUGGCCGUUUCCUCGGGGUUGGGAUCGGACCGUCGGGACUGUGUUUGGAGUAAAACUUCCCUUUUUUAAACGAUUCCGGAUGAACCUCCGUGAGAACGCGGCUGAUCAAACACGAACAGAUAAAUACAGUUCAGGCUUUCGCACGUGGAGUCAUUUUUAGCGUCGUUAUAUGGUAUUGUGUAAUAAAUAGGCUACUGAAGUAAUUUUGGUUGGAUUGUAACUUUAUUAGAAGUUUCCCAUGUUGGAAUUCUGCUUGGAAUAAAACCUCACCUGUCUCCAUGAAACUUGGAUUAUAUGUUUUUACUGGCAUACUGUAUGUUAUGGCAGUGUAGUCUGGGUUUAGGAAUCAGUGAUGUUACUCACACUGUGUGUCAGGUGAAUCAUUGUCUGCAACAUUUGAGAAGUACAUGCACACCACUAUUUGUUCCCACCACAGAAGAAUGACUUUGAUCCGCAGACUGCUACGCAGGCGUUUGCACCCAUGGAAGGUUGCCAUUGUGGCGCUAGUGUUCGUCACAUUUUUGUUCCUGAUGCAAAGAGAGGUGGUCAGUCAGAGCCCACAGGAGGAGCCCUGGCUAAAAGGGAUUGUAGAGAAACGGGACACCAUGCUGGGCAUGGUAAUGGGGGCUGUGAAUAACUUUAGGGACGCCAUGCCAAAGAUGCAGAUCCGAGCCCCAGUGAGGCAGCAGGAGAGCAGGAGCAGCCAGCUCUGUUUGCCUGGUUACUACACAGCUGCAGAGCUGAGGCCUGUGCUGGAACGGCCCCCACAGAAUCCCAGUGCCCCAGGCGCCUCGGGGAAACCCUUCCAUACAGAGAACCUCAGCCCAGCUGAGCAGAAGGAGAAGGAGAAAGGCGAGGAGAAACACUGCUUUAACCUGUAUGCUAGUGAUCGUAUCUCACUCAGUCGAGACCUCGGCCCUGAUACAAGGCCACCAGAAUGCAUAGAGCAGACAUUUAGGCGCUGCCCAUCCUUGCCGACCACGAGCGUGAUCAUCGUGUUCCAUAACGAGGCAUGGAGCACAUUGUUGCGGACUGUCUACAGUGUGCUCCACACCUCUCCUGCCCUUCUUCUCAAAGAGAUCAUCCUUGUUGAUGACGCCAGCACAGACGAACAGCUGAAGGAAGAGCUAGAUGUGUAUCUGAAGCAACUGCACAUUGUGCGUGUGGUGCGGCAGCUCGAAAGGAAAGGUCUCAUCACUGCACGACUGCUGGGAGCCUCGGUAGCCACUGGAGACACCCUCACUUUCCUGGAUGCUCACUGUGAGUGUUUUCAUGGCUGGCUGGAGCCUUUGCUGGCCCGGAUCGCAGAGAACUACACAGCAGUGGUGAGUCCAGACAUCACCACUAUUGACCUGAACACAUUUGAAUUCAUGAAGCCUUCUCCAUAUGGGCAGAACCACAAUCGGGGCAACUUUGACUGGGGCCUGGCCUUCGGCUGGGAGAGUUUGCCUGAUCAUGAAAAAAAACGUCGCAAAGAUGAGACCUACCCCAUCAAAACACCAGCAUUCGCUGGAGGACUGUUCUCUAUCUCUAAAGAUUAUUUCUAUCACAUUGGGAGUUAUGAUGAAGAGAUGGAGAUCUGGGGAGGAGAGAAUAUUGAAAUGUCCUUCAGGGUGUGGCAGUGUGGGGGUCAGUUGGAGAUUAUCCCCUGCUCCAUUGUGGGCCACGUGUUCCGCACCAAAAGCCCUCACACUUUCCCCAAGGGCACACAAGUUAUUGCGCGUAAUCAGGUGAGACUGGCUGAGGUCUGGAUGGAUGACUACAAAGAGAUCUUCUACCGCAGGAACCAGCAGGCGGCGCAGAUGUCUAAAGAGAGAACAUUUGGAGAUGUCUCCAAACGCUUGGCACUCCGUGAGAGGCUACAGUGUAAGAGCUUCUCCUGGUAUUUAGAGAACGUGUACCCAGAGGUCUUCAUGCCUGAUCUCAACCCAGUGCAGUUUGGCGCGAUAAAGAAUACAGGCAAGGACAUGUGUCUUGAUGCAGGAGAGAACAACGAAGGAGGCAAGGCACUUAUCAUGUACCCAUGCCAUGGCCUGGGAGGCAAUCAGUAUUUUGAGUAUUCAACGCACCAUGAAAUACGACACAACAUUCAGAAGGAGCUUUGUCUGCAUGCGACUGAUGGAGUGGUGAAACUCCAGGAUUGUCAGUAUAAAGGCCUAAACUCCUUCACUGGUCCUGAACAGAAAUGGGAGCUGCAGGAGAAUCAGCUAUUUUAUAACCGCGGGCGGAAGCUGUGCCUGAGCGCUCGUUAUGAAAACCCCUCUAUGGUCCCCUGCAACUCGGCGGACAGAUUCCAGCUUUGGGCUUUCACCUGAGAGGACAAGCCAAUUAAAAUACACACUAUUGUUACUGAACUUCUGAACAAAAAAAAUAAUUUAUUUUUAUAUGUGAAAUUACUGCUGCUGGAAAGAUUUGAAUAUCAUUAAGUGGUAUGCAUCGAGUACAUGUAUAGAAAAUACAUGCACGAUAAAGUUAAAAAAAACAACAAAAAAAAACAAAGCACCUUCAGGAAGUAUACUGAAGUUGUACAGGAAAACAUCAAGUGAAGACUUCUGAACUAUUAAUGUUUCUCAAAUGUUCUUUCUCUCUAUGUUGAAAGGGUUUCUCUCUUCAUUGAAAGGAUCUAACAAAAACAGAGGCCUUCAAAUUCUUUUGUGGUUCUAAUCUGAAGUUGGUCUAACCUGCACAUUUUAAUGCACCAAAGAGUAUCUGUAAGCCCAGUUUCACUAAGUGCAAUUCCCCCCAUAUGCACUAUAAAUUACCCUCACUUCAAGUAUUUAGAUCCUGAAUUAAAUAGCCAUGCACUGACUCAUUCCUGUCCUUCACUGACAGCCUUUUUUCAGACUUAGAAAACACAGAACUGACUGGCAGACAAAUAGCAUUAAAUGGGUGGUCUGUAUUUAUUGAAGGAGUCUGUCAUUGGAUCAAAAUCCCCCACAAAAAUCCUCACAGUCUUCCAGAAUUCAUGAGUCGUGAACAAAACCAGUGUCUCUGCUUCUAAUUUUCAAUUAUUUGUCAAUUGCUUGCACACCCAAAACUACAAUUUUCGGGGUUGGUCACUUGAGUCAGCAGUCCAUUCAAGUGUAGCGAUCCCCCCCCCCCCCCCCUUUUUUUACUCACUGUGUCAGUGUUCGAGUUGGUGCCAGUUUUUGUUCACAAAUGACACUUUUUUUUAAAUAAUACUUUGUAAAUUAAUAUUGUGGACAGAGAGAUGGUAGUAAACAGUACUGUAACCUUAACAACACAAGAAAAUGUCAAUGAAAAAGGGCAAUGUAUGCUUUUAAAAUAAACAUUCCAAAAACUUUUUUUAUGAUCUUAAA